GUGAAGGUUAAAAUGUGGCGGUAUCUACAAAGUCUAGCGUUGAAGUCGCUCCCAAUUACGGAGGAAGGUUGUGAUUAUAUUGAGUUUAUGUUCCUUCGAGGUAUUAAAAGAGAAUGUAUUCUGUUUAAUUCGAUCUCAUUACCCACCUGCUAUGUCUAAACGUUUUAAGAAGGAGAAAGUUGUAGAGUAUACUGGUCACACUGAACAUUACAGGCUUCCGGACCCUCUUUAUGCUAAUAGAUAUCGUAAUCAAUUUUCACCAGACCAAUCUAACUUCGAAAGGAAUGAUAAUGUUGAUGAAGCACAUCUCUUUGUACCACCUUGUUUACAUUUGCCCCCAUCUUAUGUUUUACACAUGAAUAAUCCUGAUUUCAACACUAGUAAUAAUAAUAAUACUAACAAACAUGGAUCUCAGAGUGUUGUAGAGAAAGUAAUGCUUCGUCUCGUUAAGUAUUUUGAGAAGCCACAGAACAAUGCACCACAUGAACACACCAAUUGUAAUUACCUACACAGUGAUUCAACAUUUGAAGAACGUCCACUUAUUUCUGAUCAUGAUGAAUAUGGUGGUGAUCAUGUUUAUUCCACUGCAGCAACAGCAGCAGGUGCAUCAACAUCAUCACCAACUACAGAAGACGGUGUGGAUUCAACAGCUUCUACUUUUAUUAAUCCAAACGAAGUAGAAAGUUGGAUGCGUCGUCGAUUGUAUUAUCAUUUUAUGACACCUAUUGGUAAAUUUCAUGCUAAACGACGUAUUCCAUUCAAACUGUUCGUUCAGAUUCUCAAGGUGUUACUAGUUACAAUCCAGUUAAUUGAAUUUGGAUUUUAUCGGGCAGCUCAUGUAUCUUUUGGUGAUGUAUCACAUAAAGCAUUUUGUCAUCUAUACUUACGUCAAUGGGAUUCACAAUAUGAAACAUUAGAUUAUCCACCAGCAACUGGUGAUUAUGCUGUAUACACAAUAAAUGAUUUUUAUGAACACGUUGGUUAUACUAUCACCCAGUUCAAUAAAACAAAAGAAUUGGCCAUUGGUGGUUAUAUGUUUGAUUCAUUGAAUCCAACAAUGAAAUUAUGUAUGAGAUAUGUAUCCCCUACUACAGAUAAGGAUAAACAUCCUAUGCUCAGUGUAUCAUAUAUACGUGAAUCAGAAAAAUGUACAUCUAUUGAAGUGAAUAAAAUCAAUUCUGAACAAUUAGCUAAUGGAAAUUUAAUAAAAACAUUUUUACAGGAUCAUCAAUUGGAUAUUGAUUUUAAUUAUUUACUUGGAUUUGAUAUUUAUUUCAAUCUGUUAUCUCCACCAAUUUAUCAGUUGGAUUGGACACAAAGCACUGAAUGUUAUCGUUUUAUGAUUAAGAUAUCUUUAGAGAAUCCUUCCCAAUCCGGUCAAAUGAAAAUUGUCCUACGUGCACCAUAUGCAUCCACUCCAUGUAUUGAUAUUUCAAAACAAUUACAUAAUAAUCAUACAUUUGAUCAUAAUAUAUCUAUAAUGUAUUCAUCCUCAUCCUCAUCCUCAUCAUCGUCAUCCUCCUCCUCCUCCUCAUCCUCAUCAUCAUCAUCGUCAUCUUCAACGACUACUUCAUCAUUAACAUCUACUAUAACUGAACAAUAUAAUCAUGAGAGAAAGUAUAAAUUAUUAAUUCAAUUUUGGAAUUCAACAAUGAAUAAAUCGAUUGAAAUGAAAUAUUUAUUCUCGCAUAGAUUAUUAGUUAUACUGAUUGAUAGUUUUACAUUAAUUCUUAGUAUUAUUUCAUGUAUUCUAUGUAUACGAUCUAUUAUACAAGGAUUUUAUAUGUGGAUUGAGACUGUUGGAUUCUUUAAGAAUUGGUUUGGAAUUCAAUUGAAUGGAGUGUUUUGGGAAUUUAUUCGUCCAUGGAUUUUAUUUAUCAUAGUCAAUGAUUUGGUUAUCAUCACUACAUCAAUAUAUGCAUUGAGUACAUUGAAUCAUAUUCAAGUGAAAUAUGAACCAUUGACUUAUUUAAUGGGUAUUGGUGCACUACUUGUCUGGAUUGGUAUACUAUACUAUGUUGGUUUCUCAUAUGAUAACAGCUUACUUAUUCGUACUAUCUCACGUUCUAUACCGGGUUUAUUACGUUUUUGUGUUUGUGCAUUAAUCUUAUUUUUUGCAUUCAGUUUAUGCGGUUGGGUUGUAUUAGGACCAUAUAAUGUAAAAUUUCAUACAUUUAUGUCUACAGUUGAAUGUUUAUAUAGUUUAAUUAAUGGUGAUGAUAUGUUUGUCACAUUUACUAUUAUUAAUCAAAAUGCUCCAUUUGGAAUUUAUUUAUUUAGUCGUUUAUUUUUAUAUUUAUUUAUUACAUUAUUUAUAUAUGUUGUAUUAAAUUUAUUUGUUACAAUUAUAUUUGAAGCAUAUGAAGAAGUGAAAGUAAGUUAACAUUGGGAUAUUUGAUGAAUUGAUUAUCUGGUUAAUGUUCCUUUUUUUUUUUCUUCCUUAGCAAGUUAGUUCUCUACGAGAUAAGAUCGUUAACCUUAAUGCCUGAUACCUUCUGUUUUAUUCGGAUUGGGAAUAGGCAGUAGUCUCCGGAGGGACAUUAGGCGAAGUUUAAUAUUUAUAAUAACAAUCUUUAUUGAUUUAUUUAAACAUAUAGAUAUUGGUAUUGAGGGGGAGGGAACUCCGCCUGGAAUCCCUCCGGGGGCUACUGUCGGUCCCAAGCCCGGAUAAAGGAGGAGGGUUAGCGUCCCCAUCCCGUAGAAAACUAACUCGCUAAAAAAAACGCUAACCAGAAAGUCAUUGAGGGGGGGGCGUCGAAUAGAUUUGUAUGAGGGCUGUGGUACUUCCCCGAUGGGUGGGAGCUAUACCUAGAGCCUUUGACCUGAAGGUCUAAUCCACUAGGCGAUGGAACAAUGUAAGGAGAUGCAAUUCUAUGGUAGUCGAUGACCAACAAUCGGUUCAUAUACCAUUUGUUCUUUCAGGAUCCUAAAACUUAUGUACACCAUUGGUUUAGAAUCAGGGUUUUCCAACUCUUCUAGGUGGAUCUUUCAUAUUCAUCAAUUCAGUUGAGUUGUCGGACAUUCGGUUUUCGUCUUCUCGAUUUCGUAAACAAUAUCCCCCGCCACGAGAAGAUAGUGAGCGGGACUUCACUAACAGUGGUUGUAUACAUGUAGCCAUGUGAGACCAUUUCAAGAGGGAGGUCUGACUCUUCCCACUCUCGGCCGUGUACAAAUACACAAGUUUGUACACGUUAUCUUCGUGCCGGACAUACGCUUUUCGUCCUCUCUAUUUUAUAAACCACACCCCGGUCACGAGAAGGCAUUGAAUAGGACUUCUCUGGCAGAGGCUAUAUACGCGUGGCCACUCUCGGUCGUACCUGGGCAUUUGGGGGCAAUUCGGACACUACAAGAAGGGUAGUGCUUUACGGAGGCUAGCCCCUAUCUUCGGACAAGCCGAUUCCAAGGGGGUAAAUGCAUUCUUAACAAACAAAAGAGUACUCUCUCCAGAACUCACGUCGACGUCUCCGAGGUCAGUUGCGUUACUAUGUAAAGCUGUGAAGGUCUCAUUAUGAGAUUGGAUGUUCAUCAUUGAUAGUGUGAAUGACACGUUUUGUUGAUUGUUUAUGCAGAAAAUUGGUUUGUCGGUUAACUGAUUUCAUUUAUACUGGUAGUUGUUUUUUAAUGUUCUUAUUGUUAUUGGGAUAUUGCUAUUGCUAAGAUUAAUGUGUUUGACUGUCGUGUAACUGGAAUAAGUCAACUUUCGUUUGUUUGUGCUGUGCAUAAUUGAUUCACGUGAUCAUUGAUCAGAAUAAUUAUUAUACAUGUGACGUGAAUGUGUAUAUGAAUUGUGCGAAUGGUCCACCAAGGUGCUUGGUGCCUGUGUGGUUGCGCCACAAGUUUUAAAGCCUAUAUGGUGUCUGGUUCUCAUGUGAAGCAGGAUUGAGCUAUACUGCUCGAGUUAUAAAAUUUAAGCCUGGAUGCUGUCUGGUUUCCCUGGAAACGGAAAUGAGCUGUACUAUUUAGCCUACAAGUUUUAACAGUUUAGGGGUUGUGGAGAUUGUUAAGUUUUUAAUUGAAAUCAUGAACCGAUUGAUGCUAGACCACCAUUGAAAACGUGGAAGCCCUGGACGGCUGUUUCGUCCUGUUGUAGGACUCCUCAGUAGUGCGCAUCCACGAUCCCGCUGGAUGCCGGCUCCGUGGUCUAGUAGGCUAAGCGUUUGCGCGCGAAACGGAAGACCUUGGAUUCGAAUCCCGCUGGCAGGAUCGUGUGUGUGCACUGCUGAGGAGUCCCACAAUGGGACGAAACGACCGUCCAAUGCUUCCAGGUUUUCAAUGGUGGUCUAACAUCAAUCGGUUCAUAAUCCCAAUCAAAUACAGAUUUUAAGCUUGGGCGGUGUCUGAUUCUCCUGUUAAACGGGAUUGAGCUAUGCUGUUUGGAUUGUCACCUGAAGGUAUGGAUAGUGUCUGGUCCUUCAGAAAACCAGUGUAAAAUUACCCUGGCCCAAAAUCGUAUAUUAUAUAACUAACUAACUAAAUAAUAUUAAUAAUUCAUUUGACUAAAAUUCUAAUUGAUCAUCCAAACAAAUAGUAUAGGGAUGAUCAGUCAUGUAUUUACUUACUUACGCCUGUUACUCCCAAUGGAGGAGCAUAAGCCACCGACCAGCAUUCUCUAACCCACUCUAUCUUGGAUCUUCCUUUCUAGUUGUAUCCAAUUGUUGUUCAUUCUUCUUCUUUUAAUAUCUGUAUCCAUUUCUUUCGUCUUCAUCUUCUACUAUGGGGUUGAUGAUUCCAAGUGAGGGACUGCUUUUUGAUGCAGUUGGGUGCUUUCCUCAAUGUGUGUCCUAUCCACUACGAUGACCAGUUCUUUGUCUAUUUAGUCUUGAAUACUGAUCAAGUCCUUUCAAUUACAUGGAUGUGAUUGUAAUCAAUAAACUAAGUGUAUCACCAUUAUGAUUCACUUGUUUUUAAGUUUGUUAAUCGGUUAAAAGUAUUCAAAUUUGGUAUUAUGGUAGUUAGUAGUCUCAGAUAGGUUAUCCUAGGUCUAUUUACAAACAUCACUGAUUUGUGAAGCUAUCGAUUAUUCAUAUUAUGGUGGCUUCUAAAGUUGUGAUGUUUAUUUGUAACAACCAAUUUCAAACAAAUUUUAUAUUAACAAACAAUUUUUUAAAAAAGAAAUCCCCCUCAGUAUCAUUCAAAUGUAAAUCUCAUCUUGUUUGGUGAACCCGAAUUUCUGCAUACAAAAUUUAACUACUUAUAAGUAGGUAGAAAAAAAUGUCUUAAAAUCUAGCGCCGACUUCAGUUAAAUUGAAUUCAUAACGUUUCAUUUGUCCUUAUUUGUCGCAAUUGGAAAGUCAUCAUCCAAUCUAAUUUGAAACUUGAUGAAUUGAGAUCAAUUAAUGUGAUUGGAGUGAGAAAAGUCAAGUAUGUGAUAAACUGUAUUACGAUCUCAUACAAAUUAAUAUGCUGUUGUGUUGCUAAUAGGAAUAAACUUAAAGUAUUUGUGAACUGUUCAAAUAUCUCUUUGCAGUAUAAAACCCUGGAACUGGUGACUACUGUAUUAAACUCAAGAGAGAUCGAACUAUACCGGUUUUCAUCUAAUUUAUCCAACAGAGUUGGGUUUGUAGUGAAUUUAAUCAGUUUUCAGCGAAUAAUAAAUAGCCGAUUCUGACUUAGUUCUCCAAGUUAUCUUGUUUUAGUUGCAUUAUCAUCAGUAACUUUCAGAAAAAUUGACAGUAUAGGGUGAAAUGGAUAAAUCUAUUUAUGGUUAAUAAUGUUUAAGUAUCGAUAAAGUGGAAUUUUCGCUAAAUAUUAUCAUAGCCAGACCUACACACAAUUAGAACAUCAACGGAUAGCGUUUGCUUAUGUGAAAAUGGUUUUAUAUCUUCAUACACUUGACAUGGUCAUCAACAAUCAUAAAUGUAUUCACCAAGAGACAUUUAUUUAUUUAUUUGAAUACAUCGAGUACACAAAUGCGCCACGCUUCGCCAUUCCAUUUGUAUGAGAGCUAGGAUGCUGCCCAGAUCGAAGCAGGUGGUUUUCUUCGGGGGCUACACCCGAAGCAUCUGACCGAAAGGUCUGAUCCACAAGGCAGUGAAGCAACGUGAAGAAAUGUAGUCUCAUGGUAGCCAAUGAACAACAAUAAGUUCGAUAUUUGCGCUCAUGAUGGUUCUUUUGAGAUGAAUCUACGAGCAAAUGAAAUGGGAGUCGGUUUUCUGUGACCACUGUACUAUCAUUUCUUUGCAUUUGAUUUAUAUGUCUUAAGCAUUUUCCGACACCUUUCCGGACUAGGUACAGUACAUUUCCGAUUCGACGUUCUAUGACACCUGGUUCCCACUUACUAUUACCUUGAUACGAUCUGAGAAGUACCUUUUCACCCACCUGGAAGGUACGACUGACCUGACGAUCUUCAUUUGUGGGUUUAUUUGUCUUUCUGGGCGGCAACAUACUGUUAAAGACUGUCCGGAUUUUCCUUCCGAACAUACACUCGGCCGGAGACUUUCCUUCUGAUACUGCCGGAUUACGGGUAACUCUGCGAGACCAAUCAGGGCACUAGGUCGUUCACUACGUGUUUUACGUGUCACUAAUCGAUCGAUAUAAACGCCGCGUAUCAAAUCCUGCAGUCAUCCAAGUCACCAAGAGUCUCCAAUCAUUGGUUACGAUAGUCACGCGGACCCCAACCAAGUAGUCUGCAUCUACGAACAAGGUUAAGACUAGAGGUUCGUGACUUCAAGCAAUGAUGCCACGUUUUGGUUUGGCCACCACUAACCUUCUUCCAACCAUCCCCAACACCGGUUAGCAUUGCAAUCGGUGUUUAGGCAUACGUAACACGUGGCCCAGUCGUCUCAGUCGAUGAAGAUCCACAACCUCGUCAACUAAUUUACCUUCAUUCCAUUAUAUCUUGUGUCGAACCUUACUAUUACUUACCCGGUGAUCCCAGCAAAUGCAAGUAAUAUCUUUAAUACAUCUAUGAUCAAGUACUAGUAACUAACAAAUCUUCUACUCUUAAUGGCCAUGUUUCGCUGCCGUAAAUUAAAACAGAACGGACUACCGCGCAGUAUACUCGUCCUUUUAUUGAAAGACGGAUAUUUCGCCUUCGCCAAAGGUGACGUAAGUUGACAAAAACCAAACGAGCUUUCGGAAUCCGUUCUGAGGUUUCGUCAGACACCUCUGCAUUAAAGUUUUGCCUUAUUUAUUCAUUGAAUGAAUUGUUUUUUUUUUGUUUGUUUGCUAUCUCUCUCUCUCUCUCUCUUAUAUUUCAAGGAUAUGCAAAAUACCCAUGGACGUUCAAAUAAUUCACCAUUAUGGCAUUUUGUUUGUCAACAAUAUUAUAAUCCUAAAUCAUCUAUAUUUAAAGAAGAUGAAACACGACCUGAUCGACAUUUACUUCAUGAACAUGCACUUGGUUAUAUGAUGAAAACAACGACGACGACGACAACAACAACAACAACACCAUCAAUAGCAAAAAAAUCAUCUACAUUAAAUUCACAUCAUAUUAACAGAUUACCAUCAUCAUCAUCAUCAUUUAAUGAUGUAUGCUUAAAAUGUAAACAUUCCUUCACAGAUCAUUCACAUAUUCCACAACAACGACAACACCGUCAACAUCAAGUAGGUGAUAACGAAGAAAGAUGUUGUUAUUGUUGUCAACGUCAUCAACAAUAUUCAUCAUUACAAAAUAAUAAUAAUAAUAAUAAUAAUAAUUCAUUAAAUCAAUUGAAUCAUUUUAUAAAUAUAGACAAUAACUCUACUAUGACUAUAGACAAUAAUAAUUCAUAUCCAAUUGAACACAUUCAACAAGGAAUUGAACAAAUCCAUGAUGAUAUUCAUGUAAAUAAUGUUCGUAAUCGAAUAAUUGAAGGAGUGAACAUAAACAUUACAGCUGAUGAAUCUAUUCAUGAAUAGAUCAUUACUCAUUACAAUUCAUUACUGUUUAUGGAACUUGUUCUUUUAUUCUUUAUUUUAUUGACUAUUUCUAUUGUGACCACUUGAAUCAUUGAUGCAUUUUGUCUUCGUUUACUCUCUCUCUCUCUCUCUCUCUUGUUUUUUUUUAUAUAAAAGAAACCUCAUUGUAUUGUUUUAUCAGAAUUAUUAUUAUUAAUACUACUACUACUACCAAUUAUGUGUUAGUAGUAUCUAUCUAAUUAUCUAUUUCUUUUCUUUUAACUAAUAACAAUAUGAUUAAAGCAUAGUUUAUAGUUUGUUUACAAAUUUUUAUUGUUGAUUUCAAAUUAUAUUGUACUGAUACUAUCUGAUUUUUCUAUGCUAAAAACAAAUAAAUGAAGUGGGUUUCGAACCUUGAACUUAUUGACCACAUGUGGAAAGUUGUGAACAAUUAACAAAUUAACAAAUCAACCGAUAAGUAAUAUGCACUGUCCACAGGUAUCUAUCUUAUCGUUGCUUUUGUGUGGAUGAGACCACUAAUAUGGACUAAUCGAAUAUAUUUGAAUAUAGAAUGUCUUAAUAAAAAUCUGAGAAUAAUAUAAUAAAUAAUUUACUUGGAAAUUAUCAACUAAUCAUCUUCAACUUGAUUGUUCUUUUGUUUCUACAACAAUCUAUGAUCUCCUUAACAUUCUGUUAUUAGGCAUUUCAAUUUUGAUUGAUGAUAUAUACUACUUAUAUCUGUCAACAUUGGUAGCACAUACCAGUGUAUCUUAUAAAAUAUGCAUAUAUAACAACUAAGCACCAGAAAAAAACAUACCUUCGAUAAUAUGAUGUUUUAGGAUAAUGUAUGUAUAAUAUAAUAUAUGAAGUCUGCUUAUGUUCGUAUCUAUAAUUAUUACUGUUAUUAUUGUCAUUAUUGGUCCCCCAACAUAUUAGAUAUUCUUUUUAUCUCUUCUUAUCCUUCCCGACCGUUGUUGCUACCUUGAUGUGGUGGUCGGGCUUGCCUAUCGUGAUGAGGCAACCGAGCUAUACUGGCUGGAACAACCGCUACUCAAGGUGCUACCAUGGAAGACAGGUCGGUUGAAGAGCGGUAAGACUAAAAGCAACAAACCCGAGGUCCGAAGGCGAAGUCGUACUGUUGACUGUACAGAGGUGUGGCAGCAGUAAGGUGUUUCCUUCAGACAACCAGCAUGACAGCGAUGCUGCCUUCUCACAAGGAAGAGUGCGGUUAGAAAAGGUCGACCCAAAAAAUGCACACCUCACCCUAUCCCAUGGAUAUUCGUCUCCGGCGGUAAGGUCUCAACAAGUACGGAGCUAACACAAAAAUUACACAUAAAAUGGUCGUGUGUGACCGACCUCAAGCAGUUGUCUCUUGGGCACUGCGGUCACGCUCCCAGGUUACUAAGACCACCUCUAAUCCAACUUCCUUUUCAGUUACCUCCAGAAGAACCCUUCCACGCUCUGG